AUGGCUUGCAGCUGGGAGUCUGUAAAAAAGAAUUUAACUAUCUGGGGCCAGUUCAGUUCAGGAAAUUCAAUAUUCUUUUCUCUUCCAAGCUCCAAGAUGGGUUAUAUGUUUGCCGGUUGUUCUUAUAUGACUGUGGCAGAGAGUACAACAGGUUGCUUGGUGGCACAGCCUGAUCAAGGCUUCCAGAAUCCUUGGAAGCUGAGCAUUCCCAACUGGUCCACAUGUCUGCAUGAGCUUGGUAACUUGGUCAUUCCACCCCUAGUUAGAGAAAAACUGCUCUACCGGGUAGACAAAAUUUCUUUCCUUGGUUGCCAUUCUUCGCCUUGGUCUUAG